UUUCGCUAAACACGAAGUGUAAUAACCGGGCAGCCUGAACGAAGGUCAACGACAUGCACAGUUAAAUGCCAAAUGAAUGAAGCCAAUCGGAGUCUGCUGUAAUAGAGCGCUUACGAAACGAGAGAGGAUAUAUUCGCCACAUCAUCAUGAACUUUCUUUUGGAGACUCUUCGGGUGCUUUUCCUUUCCCUGGUUCUCGGCUUGGAAGCCUUCGUUAGGCUAUUCAUACCGCCUCGAAGGAAGAAUGUGUCCGGGGAGCUUGUGUUGUUGACCGGGGCGGGGAGCGGCAUAGGUCGCCUCAUGGCCCUGGAGUUCGCGCGCCUGGACGCGCGCCUUGUGCUGUGGGAUAUUAAUGAGGACGGCAAUAAAGAGACGGCUCGUUUGAUUAAAGAAAAGUACGGAGCGCGAGCCCACACGUAUACCUGCGACUGUAGCGACCGAGAGGAAGUGUACAGAGUCGCAAACCAGGUAAAGCGUGAGGUUGGUGAUGUCACGAUUUUGAUAAAUAAUGCAGGCAUUGUUACUGGGAAGAAGUUCAUGGAUUCUCCUGAUUCGCUUAUAGAGAAGUCUAUGGAGGUCAACAGUCUGGCACAUUUCUGGACUUACAAAGCUUUUCUGCCAGCAAUGAUUGCUGGAAAUCAUGGUCAUUUGGUGAGCAUUGCAAGCUCCGCUGGACUUAUUGGAGUGAACGGACUGGCAGAUUACUGUGCAAGUAAGUUUGCUGCAGUUGGAUUUGCUGAGUCAAUGGGACUAGAGCUGCUGGCCACAGGCUGUGAUGGAGUGAAGACCACUAUAGUCUGCCCGUUUUUUAUCAACACUGGCAUGUUUGACGGUGCCAACACAAAAUGGCCUAGACUCAUGCCUAUUCUUGACCCAGAUUAUGCAUGUAGGAAAAUUGUGGAUGCAAUUCGAAGGGAACAGGUUUACCUUUACAUGCCUCGGAGCAUCUACAUCAUCAUCGGUUUAAGGAAUCUUUUACCCACUAAAGUGGGUGUGCUGCUUGGUGAAUACCUAGGAGCAUUCAACUUUAUGGCUAAGUUCAAAGGUCAUGGACAAAAGAGCGACUAACUUCCACCAAUAGAGGAACUAAGAAACAACCAAUGGGCUCUGAUAAAUCAGAGGAAAGGUGAAGAGAAAAAAAACCUGUGCUGCCACAAUACCCCGAGAGUGCAUGGAAUAGUUACACAUUAAACAACUGUGAAGAAGAGAGACACAGUUAGAACAAAUACAGUAUCCAAAACGCACUUCUUACAUUCAGCACUUGCAGUUUUCGUUUUACUUCAUUAUUUUGAAAUAAUAACAGUAGACACAACUUCAGCCAUAAGCGCUUACUUUGCACCCAAUAAUCCGUUUUCAUAAAGAACGACUUACAUUUUAUGUUUUAAUAACUUGUUAAUUGUAUUAUGGGAACAGAUUAUAUGGUCUGUUAUUAAUGGCUCUUACUAAUUAAUGUGUCAAUUGAAUUAUUGGCUGUUUUUAA